GCUGCCUUCAACACUGUGGAUCACUCCAUCCUCCUGUCUGCCCUGUCAGCAAUGGGCAUCUGUGGCACAGCCCUGGACUGGAUUGAGUCCUACCUCUCUGGUCGCUCCUUCCAGGUUUCAGCCCGUAUCUCUGCUUGCCUGAGUGACAUCCAGAGCUGGAUGGACAACCACCAUCUAAAGCUCAACCCAGGUAAGACUGAAAUGAUAUUCAUCCCUGCUAAUACCUCUCCCCAUCUGGAUCUCUCCAUUUCCCUCGGGGAUACCACACUCAUGCCAUCACCCAGUGCAAGGAACCUCGGCGUGGUGAUGGACAGCAAACUGUCCCUUUCCGAGAACAUUGCGGCGGUGACCCGGUCAUGCAGGUUCUUCCUAUACAACGUACAGAGAAUCCGCCCCUUUCUCACCCCCUACUCGACCCAGCUCCUGGUCCAAGCGCUCGUCAUUUCCUGCCUGGAUUACUGCAACUCCCUCCUAGCCGGUCUCCCAGCUUGUGCCAUCAAGCCCCUCCAGCUGGUCCAGAAUGCUGCAGCCCGCCUGAUCACCAGUCAGCCCAGGUCGGCUCAUGUCACCCCGCUUCUCAUUGGCCUCCACUGGCUUCCUAUUGCCGCACGCAUCCGUUUCAAGGCCCUAGUGUUGGCAUUUCAGGCUGCUAAGGGGACUGCCCCACAUUACAUACAAUCCCUGAUCACUCCCUACUCCCCAGCUAGACCACUCCGGUCUGCCAGCUCUGGUCGCCUUACGGUUCCCUCUCUACGUGCACCGGGCGGUCGAGCUGCACGUUCACGCCUGUUUUCCGUUCUGGUUCCUCAGUGGUGGAAUGACUUGCCUACCACUGUCAGAACAGCAGAAUCCCUCCCCCUAUUUCGACGCAGACUUAAAACCCACCUUUUCAAACUC